GCUGCAUAUGGCUGCAUUGCAAGAGUGUGGUCUGGGUGUGCUCUAUAUUUUCAGUCUUUGUCAAAUAUUUUCUCUCCAUCCCGUAUAAGCUAAUAAGUACUAAUCAGUAAUCACUUGUGAUACUACUUAUACUUCUGUAUAGAUAUAUCGUAAACGUAAAAAAGAGACGCGUUUUACGCGUAUAGUAAGUGUGCGGUAACUUACACUUAUACAUAUAGUGUCGAGAAAUCUUCCAACCCAACCCUAUACGACCACCGUCGAGGACGGGGGGACACGCCAGACACACGCGAGUAUAAUACCUGGGGGUAUUACUUAUCGAUCCAACGCCAAUGGGCUAUAUCUAGUUUUUCCCCCAUUCUCUCUACAUAUAUAUACCUGGACAGAUAGGUAAUUAGGUACGCUGCCUUGGCUGGGGACUCGUCUUCUCCCAGGCGUAGACAACCAGUUCUUCCUCUCGUAGUUGGAACGCUGUGCCGGCGUAACAUCGAGAGGACGUGGCGUGCGACGCUCGAGACUCGAGAGAGAGAGAGCCGAGGAAAGUGCAGGUGAAGGAGGAAGCAUCCGAGAGGGUUUCUUAGUAACAGCCUGCAGCGUGAAAACACGACCCCAAGAUGAUGUACACGGGGACUACUGCUACACAGGACACGAGAUUCAGCGACAAGGAGAAAAAGCUCCUGAAGCAGAUGAAGUUCGGUGACUCCUUGACCCAAAAGGUGGAUAUGCAAAAAGUUAAGCUUGAUGUCAUCAAACCCUGGAUUACAACAAAGAUCACUCAAAUCCUCGGCAUGGAAGAUGACGUGGUGGUUGAAUUUGUUAUUAAUCAGCUGGAAGAAAAGUACCCAGACCCUCGCAAAAUGCAAAUCAAUUUGACAGGUUUCCUAAAUGGAAAGAAUGCACGUUCUUUCAUGGGGGAACUGUGGGACUUGCUUGUGUCUGCCCAAGAUAACGACACUGGAAUCCCAGAAGCCUUCUUACAACAAAAAAAGGAUCAAAUUAAGAAACGACUAGAAGAGCAAGAAAAGUUACAAGCAUCCUUAGUUGACAAAGAUAAGGAUAAAGAUAGAGAAAAGGAGAAAGAUGGUAAGGAGAACCACGACAAUGACAUCAAAGUAAAAAAAGAAGAAAAAGAGCGUGACUCCUCGAAAGAUCGUCGAAGAGAACGCAGCAAAGACAUUGAAAUAAAAAGGAGUAAAUCUAAAGAGCGGCACAAAGAUCGCGAUCGUGGCCGCAAACGCAGAUCCUCGUCUGCAUCGCCUAGCAAGAACUCGACCAAGGAUAGCAAAGAUAUGGCCGAUGUACUGAAAAUCGAUGGUGAUGAUGCUCCUAUUCAAGUGGAAAAUAACAUUCCACUGUUGCCAUUGAAAACUAAACCAGAAGCUGCUGUUGCAAUCUCGCGCCUGCAAGCUAAAUUGAUGAGCAUUGCUGAUGGAAAGAAGAAAAACAACACUGAAGAAGCGAGUCAAGACGGUAAGCGCAAAUCACGCUCAAAAUCGCCGUCGGUGCGCUCAAAGAAAUCGCGCUCCAAGUCUCCUACUUACAAGCAUCGCUCGCGCUCUCCUGUCUCCAAAUCGCGACGCUCGCGUUCCAAGUCCAAGUCACGACGCUCCCGUUCCAAGUCCAGGUCUCGGCGAUCGCGUUCCAAGUCCAAAUCGCGCAGAUCACGCUCCCGCUCCCGUUCCCGAAGAUCGAGGUCUAUCUCCAAAUCUAGACGAUCCAGAUCCAAGUCCAAGUCAAGAAGGUCGAGGUCCAAGUCAAAAUCGCGGCGCUCCAAAUCUCUCUCCAUAGAUCGUUUGAGGUCCCGUCGCUCCAAGUCUAGAUCGAAAUCAAAGGGCAAACGCUCCUCGCGUUCGGUCUCCCGUUCGCGCAAGAAGUCGCGAUCUAAGAGUGUGGACAGAAGCAAGUCUAGGAAAUCGCGCUCGGUGUCUAGCGACUCGCGCUCUUCAAAGUCACGCUCCAAGUCUUUGUCCAAAAGUCGUUCAAAGAGCAAGUCGCGCUCUAAGAGUAAGUCGGUCGAGAAAAGCAAGCCCUCGGCGGUGGCGAAAAAGGCACGUAGUAGAAGCAGCAGCAGCAGCAUCUCAGACUCUGAUGAUGAUAAGAAGGACAAGAGCGAUUUUGAAAUCAGAAAGAAGAAAGACAGUGUACAGUCUAAACGCUCGUACAGAAAAACCAACAAAGAUGACAGUGGAAGCGACAGCGACUCUAGCCGUGAGAGGAAGUCUACGACCAAGCGCCGUAGUAGUCCCUCGCCCAGGAAGGACCGUUCAAAGGAUAGGUCGCGUGACAGGUCGCGCGAUCGAUCGCGUGAUAGAUCUCGUGACAGAUCUCGCGACCGACACAGGAGGCGAUCAAUUGAUAGAGAUAGAAGGCGUGACAGGGACCGUGACCGUCGAGAUAGAUACAGUGGAAGCCGCAGCAUGAGACCACCCUCUUCGCGCAGAGCUCCCAGCAGACGAAGGAGUCCUCGUAGGUCGCCAGCCCGUUAUCGUCGACGUUCGCCGAGUCCAAGACGACGUCGCUCCCUGGACCGUAGACGACGCUCUUCGGAGCGCCGUUCACGGAGACGCUCGGUCGACCGUGAUCGUCGAGGUUCUCGGCGACGCAGCUCGGACAGGGAGAGAUCGCGCCAUCGCUCAUCUUCCCGCGACCGCUCCAGUCGUAGGCGUGACCGUGACCGGUCGCGCGAUCGGGAUCGUCGACGCCGCUCGCGUAGCAGGAGCUCCACCCGCAAGGGCUCCACGUCACGCGAUACCAAACGCCGUGCUGACUCCGAGGAAAAGCCCAAAGCGCCUACGAUCACCACCACACCCGCCUUCACUGCUAACAGCGCAACAACAGCUCCACCCACUGUCAGUGCGACCAAGAAGACAACGAGCCUGAUGGAUGUGGUGCCACCUGAUUCGUCGCUUCUGCAGAUGCCGCCGCAGCAGGCAGCUCAGGUCGUCGUGGCUGCAGCGCAAGUUGUCGGUGCUGAGCUGAAAAAAGAGCUGAGGAAUGGUAGGUCAAGGUCCAGCAGCGAGCACAGCAGUGACUCCUCAUCCAGUGAUGAUGAUGAUGACGAGAUGGCUAGAAAAUUACUGGAGCAAAAGGUGAUGCAGGAGAAAAAGGAGCGGGAACAGGCCGAGGAGAAAAAGCGCCUGGAGAAAGAGCGAAUCGCCAAAGAGGAGGCGAUAAAACGGGCCGCUGCCGCCGCCGCCGCUGCUGCUGCCGCCGAGAAGGAAGCUAAGGAAGCUGCUGCUAAGAAGACCGCCGAUAUCCCUAUGCCCAAGAAGGUCGAGCCCUCACCGAAGAAGAUACCAGUCUCUGCUCUUCCAGUGUCCAGGCACAGAUUCUCUCGCAGUUUAUCCCGCACGCCAUCACCAUUUAAGAAAACGGAGGACUUUAUCAUAGAAAAAAAUAAACAAAGACUUUUAGAAAUGGAGAAAAUGUUAACUCCCAAGGUGAGCGAAGUCACAGUUGCGACAACCGAAACUUUCCCUUUGAAGAAGGAUGAGAAAAUUUCAGCCAAACUUGCUACAAAGCCCGCUGUUGAAGAAAAGAAGAGCAGUUCGCAAAAAACAAAUGAUGUUUCGUCAAAGAAAGUUGUGGAAAGCAGCAAGAAAUCCAAGCGUGACAAACGUGACGUUUCUACGGAUUCUGAUGAUAGCGAUAAUGACAAGAAAAAAUCUAAAAAGGUUGAAAAGACGAGAAAGUCUAGAAAAACUUCUACGGAUGAUGACAAGUCAGAUAAGAGCAGGGCAGAAUCAAGUUCAGCAUCGGAAGAUGAAAAGAAGACUGUAGAUAAACAUAAGAAAAAUAGAGAUUCGAGCCGAUCAGCUUCCACAGACAUUCGAUCAAAGGAUCGUGUAAAGGAUACUAAAAAACGUGAAACGAGUGAAAAUGACAAGAAACGGAUAAAAGAUAAAGAAGAAGACAAAGAUACCAAAAAAUCUCGAAAGUCCCGAAGAACAUCAUCUUCACCAGAGGACGAACAGAGACCUAAGAAAAUUAGCAAACAAGACGAUGAAAAGGAGAAAGAUAAGGAAAAAGAGAAAGAAAAAGAAAAAGAAAAAUCCCGAUCUAGAAAGGCUAAGAGAGACUCUAGCUCAGAGGACGAGCCGAAAAAAUCUCGCAAACGAAAAGAAAGUUCUUCUGAAGACGAGCGUCCCAGAGGCAAAAAACCAAGGAAAGACUCUAGCAGUGAAGAUGAAGUUAAAUCAGCCAAGGCAAAGAAGUCAAAGCGAGAUUCCAGUACAGAUGAGGAGACUGAAAAAGAGAAAGAAGUGAAGAAAAAGAAGAAGAAUGAUGACAGCAGCGACGAGGAAAAGGUUAAGAAGAAAAGGAAAAAGAAGACCAAAACAAGUACAAGUGAAUCGGAGGAAAGUGAAGUGGAAGAAAGGAAAAAGAAGAAAGACAAAAAGCAUAAGAAACACAAAAAACACAAGAAGCAUAGAAAACAUAAGAAAAAAAAGGUAGCGGAUUCAGAAGAAUCUGAUGCAAGUGAAGCAAACACUGAAGAAAUUGAAAAAAAACUUCGAGAAAAAGCUUUGAAAUCAAUGAAAAAAGGACACAGUGCUGAACGAAGUGACUAAAAUUUAAAAACCUAUUAUUAAAGAUUGUAUAAAAUUCGAAUCAAUUGGAAUAUGUAAUUUAAAGUUACAUAACCGUAAUAAAUAUACUUUGAUAUCUAUUAAUGAGCAUGACAGAUAUGCAAAGUUUCAUGGCUUUGUACAGAACAAUUGUAGAUUCUUGGGUAUUUUAUGCUACAGCAUCAAGCUCUUAAGCAUAAACUACGUUUUCUUUUAUUUCAGUAACUACUUUCAACUACAUGUACAAGUAAAUGCUUUUACUGAGUAGUUAACGAAUAAAACUGAUAUCUUAGCUAUUUAUUUUAUUUGAUCCGUGUUCACCAGUCCUGGGUUAUUUCGUUUACUUUCAAUAAUAGUAAGAGCAUUUUCGCUUUUAUAACUAGACAACUUGAAACCUUUCCUUAUAUGUAAUUUUUUAAUUGUUAUAAUAAAAGGUGGUAAACAGUUAGA